GAUGCUGAAGCUGCUGGAGAAGCUCCCGCCGGGACGGGCCUCUGAGUUCCUUCAUAAAAUAAUUGAUGGCAUAUGUGGCCGUGCCUACCCUCGAUACCAGCAUUACAGCAGUGUUUGGAGCCUGCCGGAGUGGAUGGAUGUUUUAGAGGAAACUAGGACAUAUUUCAGAACUGCUGUGGGCAAAAACAUAUCUCAUGAAGAGGCUGCUCAGCUGAUAAAUGAGCUAAAUUCAGACUGCCAAGAAGCAAUCACAAAAUGUCUAAAAGGCAGAAAGGAAGAAAUUAGGAAUGCACUGGUGGAAAGAGUGAAUGCAAUCUCAUCUGCCCAGCUGCAGGACUUUGACUGGCAGUUAAAGCUUGCUCUCUCCAGUGAUAAGAUCUCCAUGCUGCAAAUGCCACUUCUCAACCUUGAUUUGGAUGUGAGAGAAAAUGGGGAAAUCAAACCAGUUUCCAUCGAGAUGAAUAAAGAAGAGCUGCAGAACCUCAUCAAUGCACUGGAAGCCGCCAAUAAGGUUGUUUUGCAGCUGAAGUGAUGGAAUUCAGGGGAUCAACAAUAGCUGGUGAUGGCUCCCCAAGUGACUUGAGCAGAAAACAGUCCCCCAAGAAAUGCUCCCUGCAAAGCCAAAAAAAUACUGAAGUGAGAAGGCUGUUUAGGACUUGUGACCAAGUAAACUCAAUCCUUUGAUUAAAAUACUAAAAUUUUAUAUCUGUUUGACCAGAAGAACAAAAAAAAAUCCCACAUAUAGUUGCUUUUAAUACUGAAGAUGUAUAGAACCAUGGAAAAAGUGUCACUUAGGACAUUGUGCCAGGCUUGUCCUGGUGCAGCUUUGGUGUAGUGACUGCACAGGUGCCUGGUGAAGCUGUUGCACCUUACUUGCAUCAUCUGUUCUCCUUCUCUAAGGUGCCAUGAUAAUGAAGAACAUGACAGAGCCCUUGUGGCAUUGAUGUAUUUAUACCUGUAA